ACAUUUAUUAAAACCGGGAUUCCUUAUCGGUUCCUCGGGCUGUGAGCUCUAAACACCUCUUUUAAGAAAGAAAUGUUUAACAAUCAAUUUAAAGUCAGCCCCAUUGUAAUUAACAGCAGAUUUUAUUCUUAACACCAAAAGGUUUGAUCCCAGCUUUGUGGUUUUUAAACGAAAAUGAAGAUGAUAGCUUCGGUUUACAUUUGACUUCAUAUGUGUUUGUGUGAUCAAAAAUGAAUAAGUAUCUAAACAUUUGGAGAACAUAUUUUCUUAUAUUUUUGAUAUACCAGGCUAAAUCGUGGUCUUUAAAUAAAAUUUUGAUGACGGGACCAAAAUUUGGAAUAUUAACAGACAAUGCAACAGCGCUAAUAUCGUUUUCAUCAAAUCACAAGGGAUACGGGUUGUUCAUGGAUGCAAUUGGGCGUGGGGCCCAGAAAGCAAUACGAGAAUGUCAGUACCAAUUUCAAUGGGAUAGGUGGAACUGUGACAUCACUUCCGCUCCACUGUUACAACGUGGGAAAACUAGAGCAACAAAAGAAACAGCCUUUGUUCAAGCAAUUACUUCCGCUGGGGUCAUGUACGCUUUGACCCGCCAAUGUAGUUCCGGUUUCUAUAAUGUAUGUAGUUGUGAUGAAUCCAAGCAAAGUGAAAGAGGAGGGUACGACUGGAAUUGGGGAGGCUGUAGUGAUAAUGUUAAAGUGGGAGGAAGAGUGACAAAGACUCUCUUAGAUAAUCUAGUGACAAAACGUGAUGAUGCAGCAGUGAUGCAUUUACAUAACAACAUGGCGGGAAGAAAGGCAGUCACGAAGACAAUGCGUGUAAUGUGCAAGUGCCAUGGCCCAACAGCCUCAUGUACAUUGAAAACGUGUUGGAAAGAAUUGGCAUCUUUCAGAAAAGUUGGACGCCACUUAAAGCAAAAAUACCGUCAUGCAUUGCAGCUUGACCUGCAGGAGAAAAUGAAAGACGAAAAUGACCCCAGACGGCGCAGAUUAUUUCCGGUUCUGCCCGGAAGUAGCAUGGUCUUUAUUGAGGAAUCGCUUAAUUACUGUCAGGCUAACGAAGCCGAGGGAAUUCUGGGAACACUAAAUAGACAAUGUUCUCGUCGUCAUAAGACAAAGAGGGUUCCUGGCUCUGAACGGAAAAGCUGUAGAAAUUUGUGUCGGAUGUGCGGAUAUCGUGUGAAGAAAAGGGCUGUUGAGAUGAACAGUACUUGUAACUGUAAAUUCCAGUGGUGCUGUAAUGUCAAGUGUGAGCCCUGUGUGGUCCAUGAAGACAGAUACUAUUGCGUGAUAUAAAAGUGCCUUGUUUUCUGGAUAUCCGAUUUUCUAAGGAAAUAAUGAUUUGGGCAGCUUCAUGCACAUCCACCAUUUCAUAUAUUCUGUGAAAUAUUAACAUUCUGGUGUUGACAGUACAAGUAUUUCACACAGUGGUCGAUGUGCUUUAGUUUCUCCGACUUUUAAAAAGUGACGUAACUAUGCAAAGAUUAAAGUCAUGUCUUUGAUCUUUAUUUAAGUAAAUCCAGGUUUUGAACGAUAGAACAUAUACAUGUAUAAAAUGGAUAUUUUUG